GUUAGACGUGUUUUGUGACGAAAAAAAAGAUUUAUAACUCUUUAUCAUGUCCUUUGGAAAGUUUUUCUUUGGCCUACUUUUGGUCAAUUUGUUAUCAUCGAUGCUUGAGGCAGCCAGCAUGACUAAUCGUCUCAUACAGGCGAGAGAGACUAGUUCCUGCGAGAGUCGUCGGACGCCUGGACCCAUUUGUGAAUCAUGCGAACUGCUAGCCACCUGUGUCAGUCAUUCGAGUGGCUGGGUGAAUAUACCCGUUGAAUCAUGCGACACUGACAAUGGAUUCUAUUGUAAUGCCCGUUUGGGCAUGUGUUCAAAUGAGACUGGACCCUGUCAUCCAUUUGGCCUCGAGGGUAACUUCCAGUGCAUUUCACAAGGCAUCUUUCCGGAUCCCUACGAUUGCCAGAAAUAUCACAUGUGCUAUUUUGUCGGUGCAACUCUAGUGGCGGCCACAGUCGAUUGUGGCAGCGAUCGUGCCUUUAACGCCCGCACUGGACAAUGCUCAUUAACGCUUCAGGAUCCUGUCUGCGUGCAGCAACAGUAUAGUUGUCCCUUUGUUGGCUACGUGGCACCAUGGCCCACCAAUGCAAACAUUUUCUAUGUCUGCAAAGCACCGGUGAAACAAAAUUUGAACGAUACCAUCGUUAUAUAUCCAUCGCUGCAUCGUUGCAACGAUGGUGAGAUAUUUUCAGAUUUUGUGUGUACACGGGGUGUGGACACUUCGCCGCCAUCGGGUUCCCUGCCUGGAGGAACAGAUGCCGUAAAUGUGGAUCCCAAUGAUGACAGCUUUUCAAUACUGCCCACAGUGUGCCAGCAUGUGGGGCUCAUUGCCGACAUGGAUGAUUGUCGUAAAUACUACUAUUGCUCGGCUCUCAAUGGCACUUUAAGGCACUUGGACUGCCCCACGGGCACAUACUAUCGCCCAGAGUCGUCCGCUUGUGUUUUAGGCGCUUGUUAGAUUUUAGAUUCUAAGACUUGCACUUUUUUUUUAUUUAAAGAAUAAACACUAAUAUUUUCUCUA